AACCAAUUGUCACCACGGUUGGCUGCCCAGCGCAACCUCAUUUAAACUCCUCUUUGUAAAACCAACAACUUGUCACUCCCUACCUUACUCUGCUUGCCGCCCAACUAAUGAGAGGGGGCCUCCAUUUAUAUCUUAACAUCACCACAGCUGAUUCCACAUCAGGUGUGACAUAUCAACGCUCCACAAACAAUCCUCUCUUUCCAUUCAAAUGCACAUCAUUAAUACUAAACCCUAAAAUUUCAGUCUUCCAUAAAUAUACGCAUUCAUAGGUAGUUCCAAGAUAUUUUUGUGUGAAGAAGACUCUGAACUCAAACAAUGGGAAAGGGUUGGGCAGUGAAGGUGAUGAUGAUGAGUUUGGUGGUGGUGGUUGGUGCGGGUGAUGAGAGUGGGUUAGCCAAAGAGUGCAGCAAAGAUUUACAGAGCGUGAUGACUUGUUUGAGCUUUGCGCAAGGGAAGAUGGAGAAACCUUCAAAGGAGUGUUGCAGUUCGGUUUCGAGUAUAAAAGAAGAAGAACCAAAGUGUUUGUGUUAUAUUCUUCAGCAGACCCAGGCAUCCGGGGCUCAGAAUCUUAAGAGCUUAGGCGUUCAGCAAGAUAAGCUUCUUCAACUUCCUUCUGCUUGCCAGUUGAAGAACGCUAGCGUCACUGACUGCCCAAAGCUUCUUGGAUUAGCACCAAACUCACCAGACGCGGCUAUAUUUACAAAUUCUUCCUCAACACCGACGACGCCAUCCACCGGGACACCGUCAAGUGCUUCAGAGAAUGCUGAUAAUAACUCCGGUGGAACAAAGUUAGAAACUGCUCACUUGGUUGGUUUCACGUUACUGGUUGCAUCGGCAUCAUUUUUGUAUGCACUCCCACCGGGAUUGGCUUCCCUGUUUUAGGCGGUGUGCAUGCAUGGGAUGGGAGUGAACUAAAAAUGCUUGAAAUUCCUUUUGUUUUCGUGUUUUGUUUCAGCUGCACCUGCAACAUGAUUUUACCAUUCUUGUACUUACUUUCUUAACUUCAAUCAUCAUAUUUAGGGGAGAUGUUAACUCUAGGUACUUGUUUCAUGAUUUUUUUUUUUUAAUAAUAAUUCGACUUGGGUGAUUGUUUGAA